AUGGCCACCGCCCACCUCCGCAUCCUCCUUCUCCUCCUCCUCACCCUCCGCCCCUUAUCGUCCACCGACCGCCUACUCCACCGCCGCGUCCUCCACCAGCCAUUCCAACCCCAGGGCCCCGCAGUCCCUUCCAACCCUCCCAGCCCCUCCCCGCCGGCGCCCCCCAACUACCCAUUCACCGGUUCGAACCCCGAAGGCUCCCCCCCUUUCUUCCCGUUCUCCAACCCAUCAACUCCGCCGCCGCCCCCCGCCUCCUUCGCCUCCUUCCCUGCCAACAUCUCCUCCCUCAGCGUCCCCCGCCCCUCCAGGUCCGACUCCGCCUCGUCCAAGCUCGUCAUUGCGGCCGUCGCAGCCGUCGUCGCCGCCGUGGCCGUCGUCUCCCUUGCCGUCUUCCUCCACCUCCGGCGGCGCACCGGGACCGACGGAUCUUCGUCCUUCGACCAGUGCAAAACCCACAGAUCUGACAGCAGCAGCAGCGUUUCGUUCAACCAGGCUACGCCGGCUGCCCUCAGCCACAUCCCCAAGCUUCAGAGACCUUCGCAGCCCAGCUCGGAGUUCCUGUACCUAGGCACUCUGGUCAGCGCACACGCCCCCGGCGGCGGAGCUGCUUUCAACAGCGUAGCUGGCACCGUCACAGCUAACUUCACCAACAACGGUCCUUCCAAUCUCCGGAAAACGGACUCACCGGAGCUCCGCCCGCUGCCGCCGCUGAACACGCGGCAGGUGUUCCGGCAGAAUCUCCGGGACAACAACGGCGACGCGGCGUCGAGCAGAGAGGACGAGAGCGAGGAAUUCUACUCUCCCAAAAACUCCAUUAAUGGCCGCGAGAACUCGAUUGACACUGGAUCCGCUUCCAGAACAGCCUUCCCCGCAAUUAAUUUUGAGAAUUUCAACGAACCCACAUCCAAUUCGUCGUCCACUUACUCCUCUUCUUCUUCGGUCCCCGGAUCGGGCUCGGGAUCCCCGGUGAGGUCCGUGUCAUUGAGUCUCUCUCCGGCGAACAAUCUCAGCCCUAGAAGCCCCAUUCCCAAAUCCCCGGACUUAAUCGAAAUUCAAACUAUCGGGCCACUGCCUGCGCAGAUGCCUCCGCCGGCGGGGACGCCAGGGCCGUUGUUUCAAGGAUCCUCAUCCCCGUCGCCUGCGAGCUCAUCUUCACCGGAGAGAAACUCUAGGAGAAGCGAGGAGUCAUUUCCGACGGGUUCUAAUGUCUCCGACCAUAAUUUAGAGCACGCACUGAACAUUACCACUGCUCGACCGCCAUCAACUCCUGAAAGUGACAAAUCCUCUCCUCGGACCUCGAAUGUCGUGACGCCGGCACAGCCAGAAUCCCAACCAGGGUCGCCCUUAAGUUUAUCUUCCCCAGAAAGACACUUGCAAUCAUCAAUCAGAAUCUCAAAUGUCUCAGAUCAGAAUGUAGAAUCCCCGGCAGCAAUUAGCAGCCCUGUCCGGCAAGCAUCCCCAAUGAAUUCCAAAGUGAACUCGCCGGUGAGAAUUACCAAUGCUGAACAUCAUAACCGCACAGGAUGUGUACAAAAGUACUCAGAAUCAUUGCCUACAAUCUCAUACGUUCCAGAUCAGAAUUUGCUGGAAAAAUAUCCGACCAGUGAAGAAUCAUCACCAAGGACAUCAAUAAGCUCACGUCAAGAAGUCGAGCCGGCUACUAAAAUUAGCAGCCCAGUUCAGCAUAUCACCGGCAAUACUGUCAUUCCGGUAGUGCCUCCACCGCCACCUCCAUUGCCGCCAAGUAAGCUAUGGGGAAGCCCAAAAACUCCUACACCGCCGCCAAAAAGGCUCGGUGGGCCACCGGUUUCGAUAAAGCCCUUAAGACCGAUUGUUGUUGAGAGUCUAGCUUCAAUUUCUCCAAUUGAGUUGCCGUCGAGUGAUCCACAGUUAGUUAAUCAUGACGAGGAGGGAUUAGAGUUUCCAAAUAAAGGAUCCGAGUGCUCAAGUGAAGAUAUCGACCGGAAUGUGGAUAAUAAUGGUUCGAAACCUAAACUGAAGCCUUUGCAUUGGGAUAAAGUAAGAGCGAGUUCCGACCGGGAGAUGGUGUGGGAUCAGUUCAAAUCCAGCUCUUUUAAAUUGAAUGAGGAGAUGAUUGAGACGUUAUUUGUUGUAAACACACCAAAACCAAAACCGAACCCGAACGAAACAACUCGAUGGCAGGUUCUUCCCUCGCCUGGUCAAGACAAUGGUGAUCAUCGAGUUCUUGAUCCGAAAAAGUCUCAAAAUGUUGCUAUCCUGUUGAAAGCACUCCAUGUUACUGUAGAUGAAGUUUGUGAAGGUCUUCUGGAAGGGAAUGCCGAUAUUCUUGGUACUGAACUUCUCGAAAGUUUGUUGAAAAUGGCUCCAACUAAGGAAGAAGAACGCAAGCUUAAAGAAUACAGCGAUGAUUCCCCAUUAAUCAAACUUGGUGCUGCCGAGAGAUUUCUGAAAGCUGUUGUUGAUAUACCUUACGCAUUCAAACGAGUCGAGGCUAUGCUAUAUAUAUCCAAUUUCGACUCGGAGGUUGAGUACCUCAGAAAGUCAUUUGCAACUUUGGAGGCUGCCUGUGAAGAACUCAGGAACAGCAGAAUGUUCCAGAAGCUUCUAGAAGCCGUCCUCAAAACCGGGAAUCGCAUGAACGUGGGAACCAACCGAGGGGACGCUCAUGCGUUCAAGCUCGACACUCUUCUCAAGCUCAUUGAUAUCAAAGCUGCCGAUGGCAAAACAACCCUUCUCCACUUUGUCGUGCACGAGAUUAUACGAGCCGAAACCUCGACGAACGAUGAUGCCAGGUGCCGAAAACUCGGCCUCCAGGUCGUCUCGUCACUCGGCUCCGAGCUUUCGAAUGUGAAGAAAGCUGCCGUCAUGGAUGCUGAUGUGCUCGGAAGUGAUGUCAGCAAGUUAUUGAAAGGCAUCGAUAGUAUUCGGGAGAUUACUAAUAUGAUCAUGUUGUUAGGGGAAGGAAAGUUUGUGGAGAAUGUGGGCUUUUUCGUGAGGCGGGCCGAGGAGGAGAUUUUUCGGGUUCGGGCCCAAGAGAGUUUGGCGAUGUCACUGGUAAAGGAGAUCACGGAGUAUUUUCAUGGGAACUCGGCGAAAGAGGAAGCCCACCCGUUUAGGAUUUUUACGGUCGUGAGGGAUUUUCUAGGGGUUUUGGACCGGGUUUGCCGAGAGGUCGGGUCGGUGAAUGAGCGAACCAUGGUUAGCUCGGCCCACCGGUUUCCAGUCCCGGUUAAUCCGAUGCUGCAGCAGGUAUCAGUGGGGUUUCAGGCUAGGAAGUGUGGCUCAUCUGGUGAAGAUGAUGAUGAGAAGCUUCAAUUUGGUGGUUAA